AUGUUGACAGACUCCGACUCCGACUCCUCGAUUGACCAACCCACUAACCGCGGAAACAAACUCAAAAAGAGGUCGAGAUUCGUCGCGCGAGGGAGGCUUACCGGCUCCGCGGGCCCCGCUGCAUAUAAAGAGAUCGCCGAGCACGCAGGCUACCAAAGAGCCAUCAUUAACCACAACCCGCCGCUGAUUGACGAGGACGGCUACGAUAUCACGAGCGACGACGAUGAACAGGAGGUGCAGGAGGCCAUCGCGAGCGCCAUGGAUGACAACCCGUACUCUGAUGUUCAGCUCGAACAGAUCUUUGCCCCGUUAACCUCGGUUACCGACCUGCCUACACAUCCGGCCAUGUCGAAACCCUUCACUUCGAAAGCCCUUACCGAAUUGGUUGACCAGGCGCGCAUCAUCAUGCAGAGCGAAAAUAAGGCGCUUUGGAAGGUCAAGCCUCUGUUGACCAAGCUGGUUGGGGAUAAUACUUGGGUUCCAUGUGGACUUAUGAGCGGUCCCAGCGACGCCUCCCUCUUUACAGAUCCUACAAGGUUCUUCAAGCGCCCCGACCGGCAGCGUCUUCGCCCAGCAGCGCCCCCUGUUGCGGCCCUUACGAAUGGGGUAAUCUCGGCUCAUGAAGGCACAUUUGCCGAGUCGGCUGUACGUGAAAGGAUCGAGGGCGUUCUUUCGGGGCCAAGUGCUCCAGCUUCGGAAGACACAGUCGAUGGAGAAACAUUACCAGAUGCCCCAGUUGUUACAAACGGCGAAACAAAUACAGAGGCGCCGAAGCCAGCAGAGUGCCCGAAAGAGCCUCCACUAGUGAAUGGCGACAGCAAACCAGAUGAAAGGCCAGCGGAGGAGGCGCAUUCGGGCGACACGACCAAGGAUGAAGAAGACGACGAAGACGUGGUCAUGGCCGAGGCGCAAAAAAGACGAGAUAUUCUGAACCGACCAGAUAUUCGACUAGAACCGCCGCGCAGCAAUGGUACACCAGCCGUGGCGCCCACAAGCGACCCGUUCGGCCCAGACGCCCCUUUUAUACAUCCCAUGUUUAUCGCUCCUCGAGAAGUUCGCCAGGAUCGCAACAUGGGACUGGCCGAGCACGAGGCAGAAGAGCUGCGGCGAUGGCUACAAGCAUAUGUGCAAAAACAGGAAGAAGUGUGUCGGGGUGCAAAGAAGCUUUAUGAACAGCUCCUUCGUGCAGACAGGCUGCGGAAACAGGUGUUGAUGUGGGCCAAGGCAGAGGCGCACUGCGGACCAAACAACCACAUGUCGGACGGGGAAGACUGGUACGACAAGGAGGAGUGGGGCCUGACAGAAGACUUGAAGAAGGGAGAGGACGAAGUGGAAGAGGAUGUGGGCACGACACAAAAGAAGACGAGGAACAGGAAGUAG